AUGUCUUUUAUCAAACUUUCACUUGCCGCUUUGGCUGCAAGCACAACUCUCAGCCACGGUUAUCAACUGGUUGAGCAACACAUCGGCAGUACUUUCUUCGACAGCUUCGACUUUUUCACUAAGGCCGAUCCCACGAACGGCGCAACUGCCUACACCUCGAGACUUACUGCUGCCCCUAACAAGCUCAUUGGCGUCGUCCUCAACGACGAUGGUUCUGAGCCUUCUGCUUAUAUCGGCGUGGACUCUACAACGAUUACUGCCAAUCGCCCUUCUGUUCGCCUUACCUCCAANAAGUCCUACAACCACGCCCUAGUGCUCGCUGAUAUCAAGCAUAUGCCUAGCGGUUGUGGUGUAUGGCCUGCACUCUGGAUGACGGGUCCGAACUGGCCCAAUUCAGGAGAAAUCGAUAUUGUACUCAAUGGUCACGAUUACAACACAGCAACCCUUCACACUUCCGCCAACUGUGCCAUAACAGGCACCAACCGCGGCCACUCUGACCUCUUCUCCGGAACCCUUACGACACCCGACUGCGACGUCAAUUCUCCUUCACAAAGUAAGAAUGCCGGGUGCGGGAUCCGCGCACCUCCAAACGACACUUUCACCGUCGGCAACGAGAGCUGCAUCCACUCCACCGCCGGCGACAACUUCAACGCCCAGCUCGGCGGUGUCUACGCAACCCUCUGGACCUCCACCGGCGUCUCCAUCUACUUUUUCCCUCGCGAGUACAUUCCCAACGACAUUAAAUCCAACACCCCUGACCCAUCUUCCUGGACCUCUAAACCUCAAGCUGUCUUCUCUGGCGACGGAUGCAAUUUCGACGCUCACCUCAAAGACCUGCAACUCGUCAUCAAUACUGAUUUUUGCGGUGAUUGGGCUGGCAACACUUGGAGUCAAGACGGAUGUGAUGUCAAGACUGGGGUUACUACUUGUGCUGAGUAUGUCAAGAACAACCCAAAGGCUUUCGAGACUGCUUAUUGGUUGUUCAAUUCGAUUAGCAUNUUUUCGAAUGAGACUGCUGUUCUUGGGGCUGACGAUUAG